ACACACACACACACACACACACACAAACGUGGAGCGUCUGUUGCUUGAGCGGCUCCCCUGCUUCUGCGUCAAGACACGCUCUCCAUCUGUGUCCAGUGCGCGGAUUAGACGCUUAUUAUCCUCUUAGCGCUAAAUGGCCCCACGUCCACGAACUUCGCCGUCCAUCACGGUCCACGACGCGAACCGGCGCGUGACAGGACGCUUCUAGAAUCGCGCGUAAAAAUGCUCGCGGCCACCAUCCGUCUGUGAUAGAAGUUACGCGUUACGCGCGGACCGUGGGGACAGCCCUCCGUCGUUGCGCGUGUCCGCGCGCCUUCGGGACACAGUGGCAGCCUGCGCCUCCGUCCAUGUGUCCAACCCACUGAUCUUUUGCAGACUGUAAUCUUAUCAGUGUCAAAGCGGAGCUGCCCUUUUUCCGGGCACAUCCUACCGGUGUUUGGAUGGUGUUUGCGCCAAAACCGUGACGAAAACGACCUUUUUCGGCAGAGACAUUAGUCCCAUGUGCAGUUCCACACGGAUCGGUGUGUUAAAAUGAACAACUGAGCGGCUGAACUGUUCGACCAGGAAAAAGACAUGGAGCCCGCACGGAAGGGAAGGACUCUGGUGUACUUACUUCUCCUUGCGGUGUGCGCAGCCAGCGUCUGCUUUUGUGCAAGAAGAUCAAGCGUUCGAAGAUCAGGUAAGUAUCGUCUGAGUCCCCCGUUGGACAUCCAGCUGGAGACGGUCAACUGCUCGGCCUUCCGGGUGCGGUGGAAGAUGCCCCGGCGACACGUCAGUACCAUCACGGGCUACAAGGUCUUCUACACAGAGAUGCGGAGUGGCCGUCCAGCAGGUGCAGCAUCUUUAAUAGAGGUGCCGCUGAGCCUGGACAUGCUGACCACUGGGCAAUUUGACGGACAGGCCAACUUCGACGUGGAGGUUGGUAACCUGAAGGUGAACACUAAGUACAGAGUGAGCGUUGGCGCGUACGGCUGGGCAGGGGAGGGGAGACCCAGCAUGCCCAGAGACGUGGGCACGGCUUCACAGGACAUGUGCAUGCCCCCGUCGCCCCCCACUCAGCCCGUUGUCAUGGCCGUGUCGGACACGGAGCUGGCGUUGUCAUGGCAGCAGGGAGAGAGCGAGGGAAGCUCACCUGUGCUCCACUUCCUGGUGGCUUACAUCAGGCCAGAGAUGGACACGGAGUGGACGUACAUCCGGGAGCCCAUUGAGACCAGCUCCAUGGUCCUGAAGGGGUUAAUCCCGGAAACGGCGUACCAGUUCGUGGUGCGGGCGGUGAGCGCGCACGGGGUCAGCCCACCCAGCAACAUCAACAACCCCGUACGCACCCUGGCUUCCUUUGGCACCGUUAUGUAUCGAGGAGACACCUUUCAGUAUGUGGUGCAGCAGCCCUGGUACAGGGUCACAGGUCCAUCAGAUGUUGGCAGUGGUGAUAAGAGUCGCUACGGUUCCAAGACCAAGGAUGACGACGGCUUUGACGUUGAUGACUCUGACUAUGACGUCUAUAUUGAAGAGUUGAAGCCCUUGACCGGUGUCAGUCAGGACAACAGGAAGUCCCAGCUCCGCUCCCGCUCCGGUCCUCCGUCGGGUCAGAACGUUGUGUAUCGCAUGAACACCGUCCCCCCUUCGUUUGCUGUGACCCCGCCGGUUUCCACCACCACCACCGCGUCCUUCGUCCCCGACUUCACGGACCCGGUUUCCGUGACGACCUCAGAGCCCGGCACCACCCUCGACACCACCGCUGCCGCCCCACUCACCACCACCAGCGUCCCCGCGUCCGUCACCACCGCUGCACCCAUGUCCCCCUGGAAAGGCGACGAGCCGCGCGUGUACGAGCUGACCUGCGACGACACCGUGUGCCCCCCCGACAGCUUCUGUCUGAGCGACUAUGACAGCGGAGGCUCCCGCUGCCACUGCAACCUGGGUCGAACGGGGGACACCUGCUCCGAAGUGGUGUCGGUGAACUUUCCUCGGUUCUACGGCUACUCCCACAUGACCUUCGAACCCUUGAAGAACUCCUACCAGACCUUUCAGAUCACGCUGGACUUCAAGGCGGACUCUGAGGACGGCUUGUUGCUCUACUGCGGCGAGAACGAGCGCGGCCGCGGAGACUUCACCUCCCUGGCCCUGGUGCGGGGCAAGCUGCACUACAGGUUCAACUGCGGCACGGGCGCCGCUCAGAUCGUCAGCGAGAGCCGCGUGGUUCUGGGCCAGUGGCACACGGUCACCGUGUUCCGAGACGGCAUGAGCGGCUGGCUCCGCCUGGACAACGACACGCCCGUGUCCGGACGCUCGCCGGGUCAGUACACUAAAAUCACUUUCCGCUCCCCGCUUUAUAUCGGUGGAUCUCCGAGUGCUUACUGGCUGGUCAGGGCGACGGGCACGAACGGCGGCUUCGUGGGCUGCAUUCAGAGCCUGACCGUCAACAGCAAGGCCACAGACAUCAGGCCCUGGCCUCUGGGCAGAGCUCUGAUUGGGGCUGAUGUAGGUGAGUGCAGCGGCGGCGUGUGCGACCGGGUCAGCUGCGCUAACGGCGGCGCGUGCUACGCUAACCGCGCCGACGGCUACAUCUGCCUGUGUCCACUGGGCUUCCGGGGGGAGCUCUGCGAAGAGAGUUUCUCGCUCUCUUCACCGCUCUUCAACGAGACGGUGUUUUCGUACGCCGUGGUCCCUUGGCCUCUGUCCUCUCAGAGUUAUCUGUCCUUCACGGAGUUCGAGUUGACGUUUCGCCCGUCGCUGCCCGACGGGACGCUGUUGUACAGCGAUGACGCGGGCAGUGGCGACUUCCUGGCUAUAAAUCUGGUGGACAGAUAUGUGGAAUUCAGGUUUGACUGUGGCUCUGGCGGCGCUGUAAUAAGGAGUGAAGAGCAGAUUCGUCUGGACUCGUGGCACGAGCUGAGGGUGUCCCGCACGGCAAAGAGCGGGAUCCUACAAGUAGACAAUCAGAGGCCAAUAGAGGGAAUUGCUGAGGGUGCUUUCACGCAGAUCAACUGCAGUUCCCCUCUUUAUAUUGGUGGCGUACCAGAGUAUGAUAAAACCAAGAGCACUGCGGGUGUAAUAAGGCCCUUCACCGGAGUUAUUCAGAAGCUGAUUCUCAACGACCGCACCAUCCCCAUCACCAGCGGCUCAGCCGGUGGAGUGAACGUGGCUAAUUCAGCCCACCCGUGCGUUCAGAGCCCCUGCGCCAACGGAGGGACCUGCAGGCCAAAAUGGGAUGGAUACGAAUGCGACUGCCCCCUGGGGUACGACGGCAGGCACUGCCAGAAAGAGUGUGGAAAUUACUGUUUGAACACGGUGACCGAGGCCAUCGAGAUCCCACAGUUCAUCGGUCGAAGUUACCUCACGUAUGACAACCGAGACAUCCUUAAGAGAGUUUCUGGCUCCAGGACCAACCUGUUCAUGCGUUUCAAGAGCACAGCCAAGGACGGCUUACUGCUGUGGAGAGGAGACAGUCCAAUGAGGCCCAACAGUGACUUCCUGUCUAUGGGGCUGCAAGAUGGUGCACUCAUUUUCAGUUACAACCUGGGCAGCGGCGCGGUCAACGUCGUGGUCAACGGGACGUUUAGCGACGGAAAAUGGCACCGCGUCAAAGCUACAAGGGACGGUCAGUCAGGGAAGCUGACGGUCGAUGACUACGGGGCAAAGACGGGCAGGUCGCCGGGCAAAAUGAGGCAACUCAACAUCAACGGACGCCUGUAUGUCGGUGGCAUGAAAGAGAUCGCUCUUCACACCAACAGGCAGUACGUCGGAGGCCUGGUGGGCUGCGUGUCCCACUUCACACUCUCCACCGACUACCACCUGGCUCUGGUGGAGGACGCUGCUGACGGCAAGAACAUCAACACCUGCUCCAACUAGAACAAAGCCGGCGACAGCCGGAGGUUCCCGCUCCAGCACAGCGUGAACCUGGAGCCGACGCCUCGAUCGACCGACUUGAGUUGUUGCAACUGACUGAAAGUGAGAGAAAACUAAAACAGUGUAAUUUGAUCUACUACUAGGCUUUGACACGUGGCACCAGCCAAAAUGACCACAGGAUGUUACAAAGCACAAGUACUGGGAGGAAAAGCUAAGCAUUGUGGGUAAUGACGGUCUUUGAAAACCCUUUGGAGGACAUUUUUUUUUGUCUUUUCUACUGAAAAUCCUUAUUUGAUUGCUGGAAGAACCAAACAAGCCGAGGGAUCAAGUGUCAUCCCGAGAUUUUCUUGAACCUGACCUAGAGCAGCUAGUAGAGAGCAAGAAUUGUUUUUGUAGAGGAGUUUGGUUUUGUUCAUAGAACAUUUCUAUUGUUUUUGCUUUUGUGAUAUUUGUAUUGUCGUUCGUGGUGUCUCAAUCAAUCUGUAGGCUGCAUUUUCUAAGGUCGGAUGUCAGUUUUUUAAAGGGUGCUAGUUUUAAACUGGGGAGCUUCAUAAAAAAUAGUUUUAUUUUUACAUCGCUUUGAUUUAAAUGGUCCUUGGUGACAGGAUUCUACGAUUGUUAGACACUUUUAUGGACCUGAGCCUUUCAGUCAAGUUGAUUUGUAUCUCACACCGGCAGAAACUCACAUGUCUAAAUUCAAGACUGUCAAUUUCUUACUUUCCUAAAUGUUACUGUAUUUAAUGUAUUAUUGAUAGUUUUGGUUUUGCCACUCAAAAAAGUGACCUCAACAUCAUUCAAACUACGUUAGGAAGCUCAUACCCGAGUAUGAAUUGGUAUCGGAUCCACACAACGAUCAAUUAUAUACGUACAAUUUGCAAUCAAAGUCUGACAGUCAUUGCAACCGAGUUGGACCCAGUGAAAUCGACUGUAAAUGCGAAUGGACAGUGUGAUUAAAUGUUUUGACCGUCCACUGUAAAAAGUUCAGCACAUGCUGUUUGGUUUGUAUUUGAUCAAGCAAGUAGCCAUAGGGACUAGAACAAUGCUGAUGUAGUGAACGUGUCUGAAUAUUCAUUUAGAUCUUUCAGCUUAGCUUCGCGCUUGUUACCAGCUUUUUAAAACGAAUUGAGCCAAAUGAUGCAAAUUUUGUGGGAAGGACCGACGUGGAUGGGGCUGAAAUCGGACGAUUACACAAGAAGAACCCUACAGGAACAACUCAAGCCUUAAUGUCCCCCAAAUAAUUCUGUACUCUGCUGAGGUGUUCUCACGUGCCAGCGUUUGUUGUCUGCAGAAGGACUGAAUGGGGGAGUUUGAAGGUGUCCAGACUGUCGUCUCCCACCUCAGGACGAUGAAACACACCAAGAUUCCAAGCCAGACAUGCACCUUCACUGUAUUUAUAAUUGACGCCUGCCCAUCAACAACUAGACUGCGAAUAAAUAUGUGACAAUUGAA